AUGACCAGUCUGGCAGUGAACGGGGUGACGUGUCGGGGGAAGGUGCUCACCCUCGACAGCAUGAACCCCAACGUGCGGCGGGUGGAGUACGCGGUCCGGGGCCCCAUAGUGCAACGGGCGGUGCAGAUAGAGAAGGAGCUCAGAGAGGGGGUUAAGAAACCCUUCACAGAAGUCAUCAAGGCUAACAUAGGAGACGCACACGCUAUGGGUCAGAAACCAAUCACCUUCUUCCGUCAGGUCUUGGCUCUUUGUUCUUACCCUGACCUCCUGGAAGACAACAAGUUUCCAGAAGACGCCAAGAAGCGAGCACGGCGAAUCCUGGAUGCCUGCGGAGGGCACAGCAUAGGGGCCUACAGUGCCAGCCAGGGAAUUGAGUGCAUCCGUCAGGAUGUGGCUCGCUACAUAGAGAAGAGGGACGGUGGCAUCCCCUCCAACCCUGACAACAUCUACCUCUCCACCGGGGCCAGUGAUGCCAUUGUGACCAUGCUGAAGCUGCUGGUGUGCGGCGAGGGUCGUGAUCGCACAGGAGUCAUGAUCUCCAUCCCUCAGUACCCUCUGUACUCUGCUGCGCUGGCAGACCUGGGUGCCGUGCAGAUCAAUUACUACCUGGAUGAGGACAAGUGCUGGGGCCUGGAUGUGACAGAGCUCAGGCGAGCCUUGAAUGCAGCAAAGCAGCACUGCAAACCACGUGUGCUCUGCAUCAUCAACCCUGGAAACCCCACAGGCCAGGUCCAGAGCAGGGAGUGCAUUGAAGACGUGAUCCGAUUUGCCAAAGAGGAGAACCUCUUCCUCAUGGCUGACGAAGUCUACCAGGAUAAUGUUUAUGCAAAGGGAUGCAAGUUUCACUCCUUUAAGAAGGUGCUGUUUGAGAUGGGUCCAGAGUAUUCCAGUUCAUUAGAGAUGGCCUCCUUCCACUCCACCUCCAAGUGCUACAUGGGAGAGUGUGGAUUCCGUGGAGGAUACAUGGAGGUGCUCAACAUGGAUCCGGAAGUGAAGGCUCAGCUCACCAAGCUGGUGUCUGUGCGUCUGUGCCCCCCUGUCUCAGGACAGGCUAUGCUGGACCUGGUGGUGAACCCCCCACUGCCCGAUGAACCCUCCUACGCCUCAUACGUGAAGGAGCGGACAGCUGUUUUAGCUGCCUUAGCUGAGAAAUCCCAUUUAACGGAGGAAAUGUUCAACACAGUCCCUGGCAUCACUUGCAACCCAGUGCAAGGAGCCAUGUACACCUUUCCCCGCAUCACUCUUCCUCAAAAGGCCAUCGCCAAGGCUCAGGAGGAGGGCCAGGCUCCAGACAUGUUGUACUGCAUGAAGCUACUGGAGGAGGAGGGAAUCUGCUUAGUGCCAGGAAGCGGCUUUGGUCAGAAGGAAGGAACUUUUCACUUUAGGAUGACCAUUUUGCCUCCGACUGAAAAACUGAAAGUGGUGCUGCAGAAAAUCCGGGACUUCCACUUACGGUUCACACAGGAGUUUUCCUAACAAGCUUCUCCUUAAGCGCCAGCACCGGUGUGUAAACGACGCUGUGCAGUGAUCACUCAACCCACCAAAGACUGCAAUUCUACAACAGGGCACUUUCUCCCCCUCUGUUAAAUGAGCCAAUCAGUUCAGAAGCCUUAACCAGUUUUUCUUUCUUAGAAAGUAAAAAUAUGUAGUAAGCUAUCUUGUUCAUAUGUAUAGAUUUAAUAAAAUAUUUACAUUUUUGACAGACCUGCACUCAAAAUCAUUUCCAGCGAACUUUAACGUGCUUAAUUUUUAGUUUGUAAGGUACUGUAAUAGUCAAGGUCUUAAAUGUGCAUAAAAAUACUAAUUUUUAAACUUCUUAAUGUGAUUGUAUGAAAUGUGUGCUUUUCAAGGCUGUCUUAUUAAAUAUGGAUUUCAGUUGCCAAA